AUGGCGCCAAAUUCUUCGUCCAAAUAUCGCUCCUUAGCCGGCAGACAGUCGCGAAAGGGUUCUAAGUCGUCGCCCAAGGCACCGGAACCCGACGUUAGCGAAGGCCCUCCUCUCAAGAAACGAAAAUACGUGCCCGGUGGGCCUGGAGGGGGUGGCAGAUACAUCGAGAUCGAUGAAGAACCCCCGAAGAUUAAACGAGCUCCCCUCAGGCGGACCUCGUCCUCUCGCAGUCGUCCUGCGCCCGCACCCGAACAAGUUCAGAAAACGGAACAAGAACCUGAGCCGGAGCCUGAACCUGCGCCUGAGCCUGAACUCCAACCUGUACUUGAACUUCAACCUGAACCCGAACCAGUACCCGUACCUGUACCAGAACCUGCGUCUGUCCCUAUGCCCGAGCCCGAGCCCGAACCUGAACCUGAACCUCAACCCGUCUUUCUUCCUCCCCCGCCACCACCCCCUGUUCCUACAACUCCCCCCUCUGCACGUUUAAGAAGGGAUAAAGCGCAGACUCGUGGUCGUUAUGGGUCGUCAACAGCCGCCGCCUUGGCCCUGCAGCAGGGAGACGGAUAUAAACCACGAGAGGAGCGUGGCUGGGAGGAGUUCCACCCCGACCUGGACAUCGAUGCCAAAAUUGCCGUCUUCGGCUCAGAGGAAGUGGACCGGCCGGCGCCAUCGACGCCCAUAGCCGAGAUAUUGCAGUUGAAUGGCAUCGAUAUGCAUGGGAGUAAGGAUCCCUUAGCUGAGCUUAUCAGGCUGCACACUAGUGGCGCAUCUCCUUCGCCGAUCAAGCGUCGACCAGGCCGUCCUCCCCGUCGUCCUGAAGCCAUUCUAAACGCUCUCGGCAUCACUCCUCAGCCAAAGGCAGUUCCGCCGCCGGGUCCCAAUCCUCGCGAGAAACUCACCCUUCCCAAGCCUUCGUUUCGAUUACGUGAUCCUUUCGUCUUCUACGAUCAGCCUGGGGUUGGGCAGCAGAACUACGUGGACCGGACGAUGGCAAGCGUCGGAUAUCAGGAAAGUGAUCUGUUUGUCCGUCAUGAACGGCAAAUGAUUCGCAUGACAGAAGGGGCCCAGGAGGAUGACCUUGAUAUUAUCAAUCCUCCGACCACUGAUGGAGAAAUCAAUGCCUCGGUUGGUAGAGUGGAAUAUGAUAUGGAUGAACAAGACGAGAAAUGGCUGGAAGAUUACAACGCCAAACGAAGGGAAGAUCAGCUGGAGCCUAUCAAGCCGGCGGUUUUCGAGAUCACCAUGACGAAGAUCGAGAAGGAAUGGCAUACUCUGGAAAAGCGCAUACCGAAGCCGAAUCCCAAGCCGCCACAAACGCAGCGUCCCCGGUCGAGCUCGGCAGCUGCCGUGAAUGGAGAAACCACCGGUCCGGGUGAAGAGCUAGAUAGCAAAUGCACUAUCUGCGAUGAUGGCGACUGUGAAAACUCCAAUGCCAUUGUUUUCUGUGACGGUUGCGACUUGGCGGUGCAUCAAGAGUGCUACGGCGUUCCUUUUAUCCCUGAAGGGCAGUGGUUGUGCCGGAAGUGUCAAUUGAUCGGACGCGGAUCGGUCAACUGCAUCUUCUGCCCGAAUACAGAGGGGGCGUUCAAGCAGACUACGAGCUCGAAGUGGUCACAUCUACUUUGCGCCAUUUGGAUCCCUGAGGUCUCAUUGGGCAAUCCGUCACUCAUGGAGCCAGUGACUGAUGUGGAGAAAGUGCCCCGGAGUCGCUGGAAACUCAACUGCUAUAUCUGCAAGCAGCGAAUGGGAGCUUCGAUCCAGUGCAGCAACAAAAACUGCUUCGUGGCUUUCCAUCCAACGUGCGCGCGCAGAGCGCAGCUUUACCUCAAGAUGAAAUCGGGCCAUGGAGCCCCUGCGAUCAUGGACUCGCACCUCCUCAAAGCAUUUUGCGACAAGCAUGUCCCUGACGAGUGGCGUCUAGAGCACGGCACCGAUGCUGCUACAGUCGAUGCUAUUGAAUACUACCGUAACACUAUGCAGGGCAGACAGUGGGGUGACAGCCAGGCGGCAGCUCUUUCUCUGGAACCAGCGCAUCAGUUAGGGGCCGAACCGAGCGAUCUGGAUGGUCAGAGAACCCAUACGCCGCGUAUCACACUUACUGUUGGCGGCAAUAAGCGGAAACGUCUUGGCCCGCCCAAGACCAUUUGGAAGCUCCCCUCUGGCGCACCUGUCAUCCCGCAGGUCUUGCUCAACUCCGUUGUGGCCUCCCUGCAGCGUUUCGGCGUGCGACAAAGAAAACAGUAUGCCGAAGAUGCUUGCAAAUACUGGACCCUCAAGCGGGAGGCCAGGCGUGGAGCGGCCCUCUUGAAGCGCCUGCAGCUGUCACUAGAGACCUUCUCGUCCAUGGAGAUGACACGCAGAGAUUAUGUUGCUAUGGGGGUUGGUGGAGGCAAACGACUGCAGCGGCGCAUUGAGUUUGGUGAGAGGUUAACCCACGAUCUCGAUCGCCUGAGGAUGCUGUGUGAUGAGGUGAAGAAGCGAGAGCGGGAGAAGCUGAAAGACGCAGAGCUCCUGAAGUCCAUCAUGGAUACCGUGUACUUUCCUAUCUUCCCUCUGCUCUGGCCGAUUUUUGAAAAAGCCCAAGGGCUUGAUGGAAAGGGGACUUUCAGGCAAGGUUUGCAAUCUCUGCGAGAGAAGUUGCAGCAGCGCUACUACACAUCGGUUGCGGCCUUCUCCGCCGAUCUGGCAACCAUCUUCACCUCUGAAAUCGGAGUUCAGCCCGCCGGGGAUACUGCUGAGCUACAGAUGCAGAUCAGCGGGCGCGCCCCCGAGCUUCCCCUCGAACAGCGCGAGAAGCGGAAACUGGCUAAACGCAUCAUCAAGGCCAUUCAGCCCGCUCUAGAGGACGCAAUCAAGAAGGAAAGCGAGCUCAACCGCAAGCCCUUUGAGAAAGAAUUGAAAGAGCUCGAUCUCAUGUUCGAGAAUAGCGUUCUAUCUCGACGAGGAUCAGUAGAGGAAGAAUUUGCAGAGGGGGUUGAUGAGUCGCGUGGCGAGUCUCGAGCGCCUGGUGAAUUUUCAAGCGGCACCGAUCAGAAAGCCGCAGUUGAGCCAGACGUGGCUGCGAAGGCAGAGCCUCAGGAGGGUUCGCUUUCCACUGCACUACCUGAUAAGGAAGAAGAUACUGUCAUGCUUGAUGCCGAAACUGAGCAGCCUCAGCAGCCUGCGGAAGCGGCCCAGCCGCAGGAUGCUCAAAUGGCGGACUCAGUCAAUACAACCGCCCCGGUUGUUGUAGCUGAGCCGGAGGAGAGUCAACCCCUCGAUGUCGCACCAUCAACAGUGCCCGUCACCGCCGAACCGAGCAAAGAAGAAGCCAAUAGCCCGCGACUGUCCGCACUUCCAGCUGAAUCUCAAAAGGGGCUCCUGACACCUCCACCUAGCUUCCAAGGCGAUGCGCAGCACCCCCUCUCGCAGGGCGGAAUCCUGUGGUACAUGCAACCAUUUGAUCCAAUUGGAACGACCGUCCACGAAGAGCGCUGGACGGGACGCGACGUCAUGCGAGGAAUGAGCGAGGAACUCAGUGAGUUGGAUGAGGACGAAUUGAAGGACCUCGUAGACGAUGAGCUGGAAGGCCAGAUGGCUACGAAUGAUAAGUCGGCGACUGGAUCUGAGGCGCCAGCGGCCGAGGCAGCUGUGAAGGUACACCGGACUCGGAGGCGAUGGCGUGGAUUUAAAUGA